UACAUCAGAUGGGCCUAGAAGUUAGACUCGAGAAAGAAGUUAGACUCGGAUCUAUAACCCGACCCGACAGAAAGAGUCCAAGCCAACGAUCGCCGAGACACCACGAAUCGAACAUCGUUUCGCGCUAUGAAGACGAAAUAGUAUUUGCACCUCGCAGAUUUCCACUGAAUCUCUUGUUUUCUCCGACGGUACUUGAGCUUCUCCGAGUGGUGGUGGUGGAGAAGGCGAUGAUAACGAGAUCGAAACUAGCGGAACAGCUAAGAGAAUAUCAGAUUAAAUCAAAGCAUGAUUGGGCCUCCGUCUCUCUCUUCUCUUCCUCCUCCAAUUUCUCUUCUUCUUCUUCCAGGGUGGAUGUGGUAGUCUUUGUUAUUUGGGAACUGGUGAUCUUAGCGUUCCUGGUGUUUUCAGCUGUCUCCUUGUACUUGAAGCGGUUGGAACUCGCGUUCAUCUUGGUUUGUGUCUGCUUACUAUUGUUCGUUUGUAUGAAAAUCACAAAGCAAGUGAGAAUAGCUAGGAAGAAGAAGCGGAGGAUGCUUCUUCCUCUCUCUAUGUAAUGGGCCAAAGCUGAGGAUCAGCAAAUAGAUUCUUACACAACCGAACUUAAUUCUCUUCGCAUGCCAUGAACGCUGCCACCCACUAGAAAAGUUGUGAUUUGCCUCUGCAACCACUAGAGUAUUUUUUAGAAGCGUGGUUCAUAUCUCGUACUAGAGAGAGUGUUGUUAAUACACUAGCUUUGCUAGAUUUGGAGACAUGCCUUGGUCCAAGUACCUUUUUUUACCUUCGUUGGAAAAAGAAAGUAAACCAAGUUAAUAAGGUCACCAUGAGUGAAGAUGCUAGAUGGGAAGAAGGAAUUAGAGGAGGUUGUUGUUCCACAAGGAAUUAGGGAGCUUCAAUCUCUUCUUUUAAUGGGCUUUUGAUAUUUUUAAUUGGGCCUAGAAGACCGACAAAAAG